GUUGUGGGGUAUUGGCUGAGAAAACCGAAGUGAAAGUGCCCUAUCAUGGCUUGAUAGGAGGUCCAAGUCUGGCUCAGCAGUAUAAAUAGGGCUGGGUUAUUCCCAUCAGCAUUCACUUGCAUUUGCUCAAUCUAUAGCAGCAGAAUGUGGAACAUCACUGAAGUUGCUCUUCGGCUCCCAACUUCCAAGGCUUCUGACCAUCUUCUUCAGCCCCUGUGGGACUUCCUGUUAUUCCAGCACUACACCCUGGUCUCGUCUCCAUUCUUCCCAGUGCUGCUCGCCUUCUCCUGCUAUUUCAUCUUCAGCGUCCCCUUCGCCAUCCUGGAUGUCUUGGGAGAGACAGCUCCUCUCUUUGAAGCUCCUCUCUUUGAGUACAAGAUCCAAAAGCAGCGCCGUCCCACCGUCGCCAUGAUGCUGAGGACUCUGGGAACAGCGGUGUACAAUCAUUUAGUUUUUGUGCUUCCGACUGUGUUGAUAUCCAAUGUGGUGAUGCCUGCGCCUCCACUUCCUGCAGUUGCUCCAACAGUAUGGGAACUGAUCUCUGGCGCGUUGGGUGUUUUGCUCAUCUUUGACACCCAGUACUUCUUCUGGCACUUGGCGCACCACAAAAACCCUCACCUGUAUAGAUGGGUCCACGCCAUCCAUCACAAUUAUAUCUCGCCGUUCUCCUGGUCCACCCAGCACCUCAGCGCUGUGGAGCUGAUGACGGUGGGCUUCUGGAGCAACAUCGACCCCAUCCUGCUCAAGUGCCAUCCUCUGACAAUAUGGACUCUCUCUGUUUUCAGCAUUUGGAUGUCUGUGGAAGACCAUAUCGGCUACGACCUGCCUUAUUUGCCUGGCCACCUGGUUCCUUUUGGGCUUCUUGGAGGAGCGAUGGCCCAUGAUAUACAUCACCAGAAACCCAGCAGCAACUUUGCACCUUUCUUUAGUCACUGGGACAGACUCUUUGGCACUGCUGUAACAGUGAAACCGUCAAAGAAAAUUGAUAAAGAGAAGUAG